AUGGCCGCCAGCUUGUCGUCGCACGAACGCGCGCGGGUCCAGGACUAUUUGAACGAUAAAAUUCAGGUCUCCGCCGACCUCGAGAGCCUGCACUCGCUGCUAUCCGGUCUACACGCGCAGCAGGAGCUCCAACGGAAACAGCUCGCAGAAGCCCACGAAGCUCUCUCCAACGCGACCAAAGCAUCCAGAGACCAUGCCGAAGCCACGCGGCAACGAGCCGAGGCGUUCACCGACGAGCAGGCCGACAUCGACCGGCGGCUGAAGGUCAUGACACAGUCGGACACCAGUGAUGAAGCGGUGCGGAGCCUGGAGUCGAGCAUGGAACGGCUCCGGAGGCUGGAACUGUCCAAGGGAUACGUGGAAUUACUGAAGGAAGCCGAUGGAUUGAGCAAGGAAACCCUCAAGAAUAUUUCCUCCGCACCUCGUGCCGCCUUGGAACCGUACGCUCGACUGCGGAAGAUCGUUUUGUCGCUAAAAGAAGCGCAGCCUGCUGCAGAAGGCGCGGCGCCUCAUCUGGUUGACCAUACGGAAAAGCUGGUGUCCGCGUUGAAGCAGCAGAUGAAAACAUACUUUGGAGACAGACUGCAAAAGACACUCGAGUUGAUGAAGUGGCCUGCAAGGGAACUGGAUAUCACUGAUGACCUUCUGGCCCAAUGGAGACAAGACGUCGAGCUCCUGAUUGACCUGCAAGCACCGGAGCUGCAACAGCGUGAUGCUGUCGCAGUGGGACAGACCGUCGAGCCGCCCGUCCUCUUCCCGUUGGAAGUCAUGGUGCAUGCACUGGAUCUCCGGUUCAAAUAUCACUUCAGUGGCGAUAAGCCCACAAAUAGGCUGGACAAGCCCGAGUACUUUCUGUCACACAUCAUGGACCUGAUCAAUCAACACAGCGACUUCUUCGCGUCCUAUCUUCAGCCUAUCCUUGAUGAAAAUGCACAGAAGUUGGGACCAAGCCUGGAAUGGAAUUUCUAUAAUGCAUCGCACGCUUUCAUCACGGCCUUGCUGCCAAUGCUCAGGCAGAAGAUUGCCACUUUCCUCCCUCAAAUUGCCAACCACCCUCAAUUGCUCAGCCACUUCAUCCAUGAGUUGAUGGACUUUGACAAUGAAGUCCGGGAAUCCUGGAGCUACAUGCCAGAUCCAUAUGCGGACGAUAACUGGAAGGGUAUGACGUGGGAGGUUCUGACCAAGGAAGGAUGGUACGAUCGUUGGCUGCAGGUUGAGAAGGACUUCGCGUUGGCUCGAUACAAGGACAUUAUCGACACUCCUGACAGUGGAGAAAUCGACUACGAUGGUCUGGAAAUUACAGCGACUAAACCGACGAAGGCCGCAAUGCGGGUGAACGAUCUGCUGGAGACCAUCACGGACCGCUACCAACCACUUUCGUCUUUCAGCCAAAAAUUGCGAUUCCUCAUUGACAUUCAAAUUACGAUUUUCGACCAGUUCCAUGAACGCCUUCACUCUGCCCUCGAAGCUUACUUGGCCAUGACUUCUACGUUAGGGCGCACCGUGCAACGAGGCGAUGGCCAAGCCAGUGUGGAGGGUGUUGCCGGUCUGGAGCGGCUCUGCAGGGUUUUCGGAAGCGCCGAGUACCUGGAAAAGAAGAUGGAGGAUUGGGGCAACGAUAUCUUCUUCGUUGAGCUCUGGUCCGAUCUUCAAGAACGGGUCCGCCAGAACCAAGACGGCCAAAACGUUGCCGGCUCCAUGUCCGUUGCAGAUGUGGCAUCGCGCACGUCGCCCGCUGUCGCCAGCAGUAACGGGGCCCUCGCAUCAGCAGACGGGGCCCUCUUCGAUGAAACAGCCUCGGCCUACCGACGGCUCCGGCUACGCUCAGAAACCAUCAUCAUUUCUACCCUGUCCUCCAACAUCGUCGCGGCUCUGAAACCCUACUCCCGCGUGUCUACGUGGACAACGUUGUCGGCGUCUACGUCGGGAUCUCCUUUGUCGCCGUCAUCAGAUCUAGCGCAUGCAAUGCGCACGCUGUCCACACAGCUUUCUUUCCUCGCUCAAGUUCUGGGCAUGGCUCCUCUCCGCCGCGUCUCCCGCCAGCUUCUGCUUUCUAUCCAGACGUACAUCUGGGACAACGUGCUGACCAAGCAUACCUUCUCCGCAGGCGGCGCAGCCCAGCUGGCCAGCGACGUCGGUCAUCUGUGCAGUGUGGUCGACGGUGCUCUCGCAGCGACUGGUCAAGCCGGCGACUCGCUGCGAACCAUGAAGAAACUGAACGAGGGACUGCUGCUCCUGGGCUUAGAUGCCUCGGCAUCGAAUCAAGAAGCUGGUGAUGGACCCCCCGUUGUGUUGGGCCUCUGGGACGUGGAGAAGAGGCUGUUCAAGGACAACGACAGUGCUCGAGAAGUGUUAGCAGAGUUGGAGAUUGAUCUGUUAACGAAUGCCGAGGCGCGAUCUGUGCUGGAACGCCGCGCUGAAAUGGGUGGUUAG